GACUUCCAAGGCUGUUGCAACAUACAUUAGAAUCACUGUCCUGUGGUCGUGUGCAUUUACCGCCAUCUUGAUUACUGUCUGUGUUCUGCAACAGGUAUAAAGUACAUAUUUAGGAGGUCGAAGCGGAAUCUUACAAUACUGAAGAUGAUGUUGCUUGUGUGUGCGGUGGCGUUCUUGAUGUCUGGAGCGUCAGCACAGUUUGAUGCAGAUGUUCUGAUUCUCGGCGCCGGAUAUGCUGGAUUGUCCGCAGCGAGUGUUCUAGCCAAACACAACAUAUCCUUUAUCAUCAUAGAGGGCGAUUCGCGGAUUGGCGGGAGAGCUAAGAGCGUCAUGUUUGGCGGGACAAUGGUGGAGCUUGGAUCCAUGGGCUUACAUGGCCCCGAAGCAUCCAUUAACAACACCGUCAGCAACUACAACAUCGCAGGCAAGUACGUUGACUACGAAAGCGUCGUCGUGAAGUCGCAUACAGGGCAGGCGCUGGACACGCAGGCGGAGGCAGCUUGGACUAAAUUACAAAACGCUCAGAAAGUUGUGAAGAAUCUCUACCGUGAAAUAAAAGAGGGCAAGAUAGCCGACAUGUCUAUGAGAGUUGCUUUAGAGAACGGGCAGUGGUUUCCUAGAACCCCUUUGGAAGACGUUAUAGAGAUAUAUGAUUACGAUUUCGAAUUUAGCAAGGUGCCUGCCCUCAUGUCAACUCGAGGAUUUCAGUCCGUCUCCGACACCCAGGACAAAAUGUUCCUGUCAACGGAUCAGCGAGGACUACAGAACGUGAUGGAACGAUUUGCCAGCUCUUUCAUGAACACGUCAGGACCACAAAUAAAGUUGGGCGAAUUUGUGGACAGCAUCAACCACACCGACACCUCCGUGUCUGUGUCUACCACGAGUGGCAAAACCUUCAUGGGCAAGUAUGCCGUAGUCACCUUCAGCAUGGGCGUCCUCAAGAGUAAUAACGACAUGUUUAACCCGCCUCUACCCGCAUGGAAGUUAGACACCAUCUACAAAACAAGCAUGGACGCGUACACUCAGAUCUAUGUUAAAUUUGCCAGCACAGUGACCAACUUUUGGGGGUCUGAGCAAUACAUCCUCCACGCCCACCCACGAAGAGGAUACUACCCGAUCAUCAUCAACCUGGAGGCCGAGGGCUUCUUCCCCUCCGGCACGAACAUGCUCCUGUUUGUCGUCACAGGAGAGGAAGCACGGAGGGUGGACAAAGCGUAUAGUGAUACAGUGAAAGCCGAGGUGACGGCAGUUCUCAAGGGCAUGUAUGGACAGUCAACACCAGAGCCAGUAGCGAUCUGGCCUACGAGUUGGACGGGAAGUCGUUAUACUCUGGGAAGCUUCACUUCCCGACAGGUUGGAGACGAUGGCAACCCAAGGUUCAUGGAGGCUCUGAAGUCACGUGUUGGAAGAGUCUACUUUGCUGGAGAGGCUUACGACGACGUGAUGGAUGGUUUUCUCGAAGGCGCUUCCCGUUCUGGUAAACACACAGGGAUGAAGUUGUGGGAAUGUAUGAUGGACAAUAAAUGUCCCCAGUUCAACCCAUCUCCUCCAACACCUCCACCCAGCCCGACUACAUGUGAGGCGCCGCUGUUGUCUUUGCCACUUGCCACGCUCCUGGCGUGUAUGGUGGCAGUGUUCUUAAAGUAAAUGUAUGACUUUGUUGUAGUAAAACAUAAUCAGCCUAAAUAUAUAGCUAAACCUUUGUUAUCAACAUAAUUCCGCAUUUACUUCCGAUCUAGAUACUUUUACGUAACAAUUCAUAGUUCAUGCAUACUGUUUCAAAUAUACCUCCUUAAAGUGACUAUAUGCUAUAACUUGUUCAAGUCACGAUAUGGCUGAAAUAUCGCCGAUGUGACUUUAAAUAAUAACUCACUCACUCACCUUAAAGUGACAUCGUGUCUAAAGCGCCGUAAUUCGGCGGUCAGAGUUGCGUCCCUUAUGUGUGCUAGUAACCCAUGACCGUGUGUUCGAAUCCCGAUUCAACCGUUGUGUUCAUAUGGUUAUCAACACCAUACCCGUUGUCGCGGGUUACAGUUAAGUACCAAACGUCUAGGAUUUUCGGUAUCACUUCAGGCUUUCCUCCCACAUCAAGCUGACACACCGUGAUUAAAGUGAAUUACUGUUCAAAGCGGCGUUAAAACACACGUUGACUCAUUAUAUCUCUUUUGGCGAAACGACGCUUAGAGGGUUUGGUAGAUUAAAAACAUAUUUCACAAUAAUGUUUUUGCGAUGUCUAUAUACUUAAUACAACAAACUUAAGAUAGCCUUUUACGAUCCUUUUACCCACAGACUUAGUUCCUUGUUUUCGGACCGCAUCCGUGGUCUAAUGGUAGAGCGUCCGCCCAGAGAGCGGAAGGUCCGGGGUUCGAUCCACAGCCGCGUCAUACCAAAAGACGUUAAAAGAUUGUACUUGUUGUUACCCUGUCUGGCGCCCGGCAUUAAGGGGCUAAAACAAGGACUGGUCGGCUUGGAGUCAGUAUACUGUGUCUGAGUGGGGUAUUCAUGUUAAACUGCGGCAUGGUAUCUCAGUGUGCUGGCACUAUAAAUCGGCAUCAUUCCGGACUAGUACAAGCAGCCACACACACACACAUACACGUGCAUGCACGUCGCUGUACAAGUGCAAUGAUCUCCUUGUUUUCGGGCGUAUUAAUGCGUUUCCAUUUCUCUUUAGUGAAUAUUUACAUAACGCUUGCAUAUAUGUUUUGUGCUGUUUAACGCCACGCGCAGCAAUAUUCCAACUGGAUGACGUCGUUGCACUCAACGAAAUUGGAGAGAAUCACGAGACACCUAAGUCUUGAUCACUUAGGAGCGUCGGAAAAUACAUAAUAAAUAUUUGGAAGGCUCGUGACCAAAUUAUACAAUUACCUCACUUUUUUAAAAUCAAGACGGGGUUCAGGGUUGCUCUUUGUAAGGAGGGCUGGAAUUAAAACCAAGUGGUCAGGCAGUCGAGAAGGGUCAUAGUGUUGCAGAAGGCCAUAGGCUAAAAACAAAUAACGCUACAUCACCGAACCCAUCCCACUGUUACACUGCCAACUUCAGCAUCCGGCAAAGUGUAAAAGUUGUGUUGAGUGUGUACACUUUCUUCUCACAAUUGGCCCGUGCGGAUGUGUAGGAUAAAACACGACUCAUCGGUGUUUGUGUAACGGCAAUGAAGAGCCUCCGGCUCUUCGCGCUCUCGGUCAAGCAUCACCUGUUCCAAUUUGUAAAUUUAGAUACCGACAAAUUACGGACAAGUAUGUCAGAAUAAAUUGAGAAAAUAUGUCGAGCAAAAACAAAUAUUGGUGUGGUCCCAAUUCAGUGGUGGGCUCGACGAGGGCUUAGUCAAUUUCGCACGUGGAACAGGUGUUUCUCGUGACAGGAACGAAGACGCAGGUGUUCCUUUCGUGAGUGAGUGAGUUUGAGUUUACGCCUCUUUUAGCAAUAUACCAGCAAUAUCACCCGGGGGACACCAGGCAUGGGCUUCACACAUAGUACCCUUUUCGGGAAUCGAACCCGGGUCUUUGAUGUGACGAGAAAACGCUUUAACCAUUAGGCUACCCAACCGCCCCUUGCUCCUUUCAUGAAUCCACGUAAGACAAUAAAUAUUUUUUUGUGUAAUCACCAGUUGUACAGUUCAGUUUGACAACUUCACAAGAACAAAAAAUCUCUUUGUGGCAUCUGUGGUAACGACACGCUAUGCGGUAUUCUAGUUCGAAUCCUUAAUCGAGAACAGGGGCGGUCGGGUAGCCCAGUGGUUUAAGCGUUCACGCCGAAGACCCGAGUUCAAUUCCCGACAUGGGUACAAUGUGUGAAGCCCAUUUCUGGUGUCCCCCGCCGUGAUAUUGCUGGAAUAUUGCUAAAAGCGGCGUAAAACCAUACUCACUCACUCACUCAUGAUAUGACAAGUGAAUAUUUAAACAAACGUUAAUUCAAGACAAGUCAUGAUGUUAGAGAUAGAGGUUUGUUACCAGUAACGAAACAAAGUUAUUACAAUGUUUGUAACGACAAUAGAUGUAAAUCACUCUAGGUUUCUAAUCCGGAUGAGAAAAGGUCCCCAGCAACCUAUGCUGGUCGAAAGAGGCCAUUAAGUGGAUCGGUUGGUCAUGAUUGCUGACUUGUCAUCCUACCCGGACGGCGUUGAUCUUUGUUCACAAUAUCAAUCACUGCGUUGUCGGGUUCAGACUCAAUUAUACCCAGGCCUCCGUCAUAUGGUUGGAAUAUUUCUAAAAUGUAUGUACCAUUUUGUAUGUUUGUACCAGUAUCAAUACAAUAUACUCGGAAUAAAUAUAGUGUUUUA